AGAAUGGAAAGUGUUAGACAGAGGGAGAGGAAAAAGAGGCGCGACUAAGCCUCUGGUGAAGCUGCUGAUUUUCUCCUCAAAGGCAAAGACUUGGAACGACUCUCCUCCACAUCUCUUCCCCCAAUUUUCCAUUAUGAAGAAGGGAAUCUUAAAGCCUAAUAUCAAUCUCAAGCUCUCUCUCCCUCCUCCUGAUGAAGUUUCCAAGUUCCUAACCCGAAGUGGUACCUUUAUGGAUGGUGAUCUGCUAGUCAAUCGAUAUGGAGUUCGAACUGUCUCGCAAAGCGAAUCUGAAGCUCCACCCCCUAUUAAACCAACGGACAACCAAUUGAAUUUGGCAGACAUAGACGCCAUUAAGGUCAUUGGGAAGGGAAGUGGUGGAAUUGUGCAGCUGGUGCAGCAUAAGUGGACAGGGCAGUUUUUUGCAUUAAAGGUUGUACAGAUGAAUAUUGACGCUAAUGCAAGAAAAGCAAUUGCCCAGGAACUAAAAAUUAAUCAAUCAUCACAAUGUCCAUAUGUCGUUAUGUGUUACCAGUCUUUUUAUGACAAUGGUGCCAUCUCAAUUAUCUUAGAGUAUAUGGACGGUGGAUCUUUUGCAGAUCUUCUCAGAAAAGUUAAAACAAUUCCAGAACCAUACCUUGCUGCGAUCUGUAAACAGGUACUCAAGGGCUUAUUGUAUCUUCAUCAUGAAAAACACAUUAUCCACAGGGACUUAAAACCUUCUAAUUUAUUAUUAAAUCAUAGAGGAGAAGUCAAAAUUACUGACUUUGGCGUGAGUGCAAUAAUGGCAAGCACCUCUGGACAGGCAAAUACUUUUAUUGGUACAUAUAACUAUAUGUCCCCUGAAAGAAUUAUUGGAGGAAGAUAUGGAUACAAAAGUGACAUUUGGAGCCUGGGUUUAGUAUUGCUCGAGUGUGCAACUGGUCAGUUCCCGUAUUCCCCUCCACAGAAGGAUGAAGGUUGGGUUAAUGUUUACGAGCUUAUGGAAGCUGUUGUUGAGCAACCACAACCCUGUGCACCUUCUGAUCAAUUUUCUCCAGAGUUCUGCUCAUUUAUAUCUUCAUGUGUGCAGAAAGACCCAAAAGACAGACUGUCAGCAAAUGAACUUAUGACUCAUCCAUUUGUGAACAUGUAUGAUGACCUGCACAUAGAUCUCUCCUCUUACUUCACAAAUUCAGGCUCUCCACUUGCAAACUUAAACAUAUGAUAGAAUAUGAAACAGUUUAAGAGAGGUUCGCUGCCUGAAAUUUUUAAGACCUGCCACAGCAACUGUGGAAAAACACUUGCUACCAUUAAAAUGACAAGUCUGAGGUUGAGAAAGCAUCAAUACUUCAUGGAACACAUCCCAGUGCCAGAAGAUUACUUGUGGGAGGAACACUGUUAAAUUCAAGAGUGUUUUGCUGACAAAGGUGCUAUUUGCCUGCUUGUGUUAUUGUUUGAGGUACAGAGUGUUUCAUGUAUUAACCUUAAAGGAGACGGAGACCAUUGUUUUUAGUUGCUUUGUUGGGGGUUGAAAAUGUAUCAACUUCUUUUUAAAAGGUGUUCAAUCUUACAGUGGCAUGGUCCUGUUUCUGGAACUUGGGACUGGACUACAGGGUCCUUUCAUCUUGAAUUUAGUUCAAGUUAAUUCAAUUCGGUUCAAA